CCGGGAAAAAUUUUGACCUGGGAGCGAUCUGGCACGACAACUGUCCGGCCUCGCUCCGCUCUCAGCCCUCUUCUCUUCAUCUGCAGUCACUCGCCAGCCGGCUUCAUUCCCACGCGUUGUCGCAAUGGCUCCAGAAAAAGUGGACGUGGUUGUGUUGGGCGCGGGCGUGAUUGGGUCCUGCGCCGCCCUCAGUCUCCGCCGGGCAGGCCAGAACACUCUUCUCAUCGAUCAAUUCCGUCUGCCUCACAACAAUGGAAGCAGCGGCGGCCAGGCGAGGAUCAUUCGUCUGGCCAACGUGGGGCCGCCGCAGCUCACCCCCAUCAUGGACGACGCCUACAAGCAGUGGCUCCAGAUAUCAGAUUUGGUCAAGGAGGAACUGAUAAGUCCUGCUCCGCUGCUGCACGUGAGCCGUUCAGAAGAGAAAAUCAAGCAGGCGGCGGCCUCGAUGGAGUUGGUAGGAAAGAAACCUGUGUGGCUCACUUCCGCCCAGACCAAUGCCAAGUACUCGACUCGCUUCACUGAUGACUUCAUGAUAUUCGAGGAUACGACGGCAGGCGUGAUGCGAGCGGACCGCUGCAUCGCCGCUGUGCAGAGACUGUACCGGGAGGCUGGGGGCCGGGUGCUGGAUGGGUGGCCUGUUACCAAGGUGGAAGCUGGGCGGCCCUGGCUCAAGCUGAAGGGGCCGCGCGGGGAGGUGCAAGCCCGCGCCCUUGUCCUGUGUGCCGGGCCGUGGGCUGCCUCAUUGCUGGAGUCAUUCGGCGUCCGUCUGCCACUUAGGACAGUGCGCACCCAAGCUCUCUUCUGGGAAAACAAGAAAUUCCCGCAAGCCAGCUUCCUUGACUUGAGCACCAAAAACUACCACUACGGCCUUCCAGCCCUGGACGCCGACGGCCGCUACAAGAUGGGUAAACACGCCGGCGUCGUGACCCUUCCUGGCACUGAAGUUGACCUGAGUGAGCUGACGAAGGAGACCAUCCCUUUCAUCAAUAAGUACUUACCCUUUGAAGCCGAUAAACCAAAUGGAAAGGAGUAUUGCUGGUACACGGUGAGCCCAGACGGCGAGUGUAUCCUGGACCGCUGUCCCAAACACCCGAACAUCGUCUACGCCACAGGAUUCACAGGCGCGGGAUUCAAGCUGGGACCCACCGUUGGCGACAUCCUCACUGGCAUGGUACUCGGGCGGGACCACGGCUUCGAUGUCUCCCCUUUCGGCGCCGCCCGUUUCGCCGACUUCAAGACCCAGUAUCGCCUGCACAGCAAGUACUGAGCAGGCUGAUGAAAUGAGGCUUCCUUGGUAUAAAGGAAGAGAGGCACUGAUGAAUGAUAACGCCUCAGUACAAGCCCAUGUGACUAUGGGGGCGGGGAAUUAUGAACAUAAAUUUACUUUUCAAGGUAGCUCUGACUAUGAUUCUCGCCAAGGAUAAUAAACAUAAUAUUCUAAA